AUGAAGAUUUUCCUUGUAGAGCCUGCCAUUUGCCUCAGUGCCUUUGCCUUGACUUUGAUCAGCCCACUGACGACACAGUACGUGUACAGGAGAAUAUGGGAAGAAACGGGCAACUACAGCAUUGCACCUGAGAGCAAUAUUUCUGAGUGUGAAAAAAACAAAAGCAGCCCCAUUUUUGCAUUCCAGGAGGAAGUUCAGAAGAAAGUGUCUCUUUUUAAUCUGCAGAUGGACAUAAGUGGGUUAAUUCCUGGUCUAGUGUCCACGUUCAUACUUCUGUCCUACAGUGAUCAUCGUGGACGGAAAUUCCCUUUGAUUUUGACUUCUGCCGGUGCUCUUGUGACCAGCGCCUGGCUCUGUCUGCUUUCCUAUUUCACCUUUCCGUUCCAGCUUUUGAUUGCAUCUACGUUCAUUGGGGCCCUUUUCGGCAAUUCUACCACAUUUUUGGGUGCCAGUUUCGCCUACAUAGUUGAUCAAUGUAAAGAAGAAAAACAAAGAACAAUUCGAAUAGCUAUCAUUGACUUCAUACUUGGACUUGUUACUGGAUUAACAGGGCUGUCUUCUGGCUAUUUUAUUAGAGAACUAGGUUUUGUGUGGUCCUUUUUCAUUAUUACUAUGGCUCUUGCUGUUAACUUGAUUUAUAUUUUAUUUUUUCUUGGUGAUUCAAUGGCAGAAUCUUUAUCUCAGAAUGUUUCCAUAUCAUGUAGUGAAGGCAUUAAAAACCUAUUUUACCGAACUUACAUGCUUUUUAAAAAUGCUUCCAGUGGGCGGCGAUCCUUACUCUGUUUGUUACUUUUCACAAUGAUUACUUAUUUUUUUGUGAUAAUUGGCACUUCCCCCAUUUUUAUCCUCUAUGAAUUGGACUCACCACUCUGCUGGAAUGAAGUUCUUAUAGGUUAUGGGUCAGCUUUGGGUAGUGUCUCUUUUUUGAGUAGUUUCCUGGGAAUAUGGUUAUUUUCUUACUGCAUGGAAGAUAUCUACAUGGCUUUCAUUGGAAUUUUUACCACCAUGGUGGGAAUGGCUAUGACUGCUUUUGCCAGAACAACAUUGAUGAUGCUUUUAGUCAGGCUGCUCUUCCUCUUCACUAUUGUGCCACUUUCUGUUUUACGGUCCAUGAUGUCAAAAGUGGUUCAUUCUACUGAACAAGGGACUCUGUUUGCUUGUAUUGCUUUCUUUGAAACACUUGGUGGAGUCAUUGCAGUUUCUACUUUUAAUGGAAUUUAUUCAGCAACUGUUGCAUGGUACACAGGCUUCAUCUUUCUGCUGUCUGCUGGUCUAUUACUAAUUCCAAUGAUCAGUCUAUGUAUUGUCAAGUGUAGCAGUUGGAACAAGAGAAACAAUGCACUUCUUAUCCAGGAAGACACCAGUGAAGACACAUCAGACCCAUGA